CGGCCGGGCCGGGAGGGUCCUCUGGCUCCGUGCGCGCCGAGCCGGGUGGGCUGAAACACACGGCUCGGACCCGGCGCCAUGCGCGGCCCCCCUGCCUGGCCGCUGCUGCUCGUGAGGCGGGGCCCGCUCAUCUGCUCGUGGACACCGGCCGCCCGCGCCCCAGUGUCCCAGCCGCAGUUGACCGGCCUGGGGCCGCCGCGGCUUUGGGGCGCGGGGCCGGGGCUCCUCGCGAGGGCGGGAGCCGCGCGAAACCCGCACCGCUGGACGAGCUGCUACCCGGGCGGGCGUCCGGGCGGCCCAGGCGGCGGAGCGGGCCUCGCGCGGCUCCUGGGGCUGUGGGCGCGAUCCCCUGGCGCCCCCGGGCUCCCGCGGACUGGGCUCCCGCGGACUGGGCUCCCGCGGACUGUGCUCCCUGGCAGCCCACCCCUCGCCGCCCGCGCCAGGGGCGAGGCCUGGCGGAGCCGGCCGGCGUUGCCUGCGGCCGCGGCGGAUCCCAAAGACGACUCCCGGCUGCGCCCCGCCGCGGCCAGGCGCUCGGAGGCCCAGAAGCUCCUGGGGCUGGCGUACCCCGAACGCCGGAGGUUGGCAGCCGCGGUUGGAUUCCUAGCUGUGUCCAGUGUCAUCACCAUGUCUGCUCCCUUCUUCCUGGGGAAGAUCAUUGACAUCAUUUACACCAGCCCCACUGCGGACUAUGGCAGCGGCCUGACCCGCCUCUGCCUGGCGCUCAGCGGCGUUUUCUUGUGUGGUGCUGCGGCCAACGCUGUUCGUGUCUACCUCAUGCAAACUUCAGGUCAGCGCAUUGUGAAUAGGUUGAGAGCUUCGUUAUUCUCCUCCGUCCUGAGGCAGGAGGUCGCUUUCUUUGACAAGACUCGCACAGGAGAAUUGAUCAACCGCCUCUCCUCAGACACUGCACUCCUGGGGCGCUCGGUGACUGAAAACCUCUCAGAUGGGCUCCGGGCCGGGGCCCAGGCCUCCGUCGGUAUUGGCAUGAUGUUUUUUGUCUCACCUCAUCUGGCAACUUUUGUCUUGAGUGUGGUGCCUCCGAUAUCCAUCCUCGCUGUGAUUUAUGGACGAUACCUACGGAAACUGACCAAAGUCACUCAGGAUUCCCUGGCACAAGCCACUCAGCUGGCUGAGGAACGUAUUGGAAAUAUAAGAACCGUUCGAGCUUUUGGGAAGGAAAUGACUGAAAUGGAGAAAUACAACAGCAAAGUGGACUAUGUGAUGCAGUUAGCGAGGAAAGAGGCAUUUGCUCGGGCUGGCUUCUUCGGAGCAACUGGGCUCUCCGGGAACCUGAUUGUGCUUUCUGUCCUGUACAAAGGAGGGCUGCUGAUGGGCAGUGCCCACAUGACCGUGGGUGAACUCUCUUCCUUCCUGAUGUAUGCGUUCUGGGUUGGACUAAGCAUUGGAGGUCUGAGCUCUUUCUACUCGGAGCUGAUGAAAGGACUGGGCGCCGGGGCUCGCCUCUGGGAGCUCCUUGAGAGAAAGCCCGAGCUUCCUUUCAAUGACGGGCUUGUCUUGAAUGAGAAAAGCUUCCAGGGUACUUUGGAGUUUAAGAAUGUGCAUUUCACCUAUCCGGCUCGCCCAGAGAUGCCCAUAUUCCAGGAUUUCAGCCUUUCUAUCCCAUCAGGAUCCGUCACUGCGCUGGUCGGCCCCAGUGGCUCUGGCAAAUCAACGGUGGUCUCCCUGCUGCUGAGGCUGUAUGACCCCGUUUCCGGAACUAUCAGCCUCGAUGGCCAUGAUAUCCGUCAGCUAAAUCCAGUCUGGCUAAGAUCCAAGAUUGGGGCCGUGAGUCAGGAACCAAUUUUGUUUUCUUGCUCAAUUGCUGAGAACAUUGCUUACGGUGCAGACAACCCUUCCUUGGUGACUGCCGAGCAGAUAGAGAAGGUGGCUGAGGUGGCCAACGCAGCCGCUUUCAUCCGCAAUUUCCCUCAAGGAUUCCACACGGUGGUUGGAGAGAAGGGUGUUCUCCUUUCAGGUGGGCAGAAGCAGCGGAUUGCAAUUGCCCGGGCCCUGCUUAAGAAUCCCAAAAUUCUUCUCCUGGAUGAAGCAACCAGUGCUUUGGAUGCCGAGAAUGAGUACCUUGUACAAGAAGCUCUAGAUCGACUAAUGGAGGGAAGAACAGUGUUAAUUAUUGCCCAUCGUCUGUCUACCAUCAAGAAUGCUAACAUGGUGGCUGUUCUUGACCAAGGAAAAAUUAUUGAAUGUGGGAAACAUAAAGAACUGCUUUUAAAACCAGAUGGGUUAUACAGAAAGUUAAUGAACAAACAAAAUAUUAUUUCAGCUUAAAGAAGCAAUUACUGAAUUGAAUAUGAGAGACUUUGAAGCAAAACAGCAUUGUUGGGGGGGGAACUUAGAGAUGGUAUGGAAUCUGUAAAUCAUACUUCAAGUUAUUUGAAAUAUACCUAUUUUUCCCAAAGUGUAUAAACUAUUAUUUUGAGAUGUACCUAUUCUCAAGACCUUUUUAUUCAGAGUUUUAAUAAUUAUAACUUUCUAAAUGUCUAUAGCAAUGAAGUUAUUUUCAAGUUUUGUACUUUCUUUUACCUUGGAAUAUUUUAAUAUAGCAUGACACCUCCUUUUUGUUUUUACCUGCUGUUAUACAUUGAAGUUAUUGUCAAAUGACAACUUUUAAAAGGGAAUUAUAAAUAAACAGCCUAAUUAUUUUAGGCCAGCUUGCCAAUCACUGUGUAAUUCUCUUGGUAGUAUUCUACCAACUUUGGGUCGUAUGUUACUAGGUAGCAAAAUAGAAGAUGAAAAUCCAAUUGUUUCUUUUAUCCUCAUAUACUCAUGAAGCACACCUGAGUAUUAUAUAUGCAAAAAGGGGACAUUUAUAUUUUCCAUCUCUUGUGUCUUCAAAGAUGUGAGAGUUUAGGAGCAUGUGCCCCUCUGGGAUGAGCCUGUGUUUGGAUGUGUAAGGUUUGUAACAUUUUUGGCACAUGAGAGCCUGAUGAGUUUUAAAGGGGGAAGAAGAAGCCCCAUCUCUGGCCAGGAAAUCUUCUGUUUUCAUUAUUCACACACGUCUUUCUAUGAGCACUGCGGGGAGUGAGGCAUGAGCUGCCAGGUAUCAUCAAGAAGGAUGUAAAAAUGGAUUUUACAUUAUGCUAAGACAUGUUUUGAAAAUUAUAUUUAAAAAAUUGAUAAUACGUAACCCAAAUUUUACAGCCUUUUAUCAGUUAUUUAAAUACUUUUGAAAUUUCAUUUAAUGAGGCUAAAAUCUGAAUAAUGUAACUGUAAUUUUCAAUCUUAAAACAUUUUUAAAAUGUUUAGAAGUUCUUGCUAUUCUACGGAAUAUCAACAAACUUUAAGAACUUGUCAAUCUUCUGAAAUAGGACAUUAAUAAUCCUUUUUAAACCUUAUGAUUAUAGUUUUAUUCACCUUAAUGUCUCAAAAUUCCCAAAGCAAUGCUGACAGCCAUUAGAUUUGCCAUACUUCCUGCGAGCGCUGUGGAUUUGCUGUUGCCGCAAGGAAAAGUGCCCUUUGAGCGCUGCUGACAGCAGGCCUGAGAGCCAGCUGUGUCGAUAGAAUUAAAACGGAAGUUUCCUCCUGUCCUUGGUAAUCAUUCGUUUCCUGGUUACACUGGAAGAAGAAGCCACUAUUUCAUGAUAAGCAUGGAGUAAUAUAUUUCAUUCUACGUAAGGAAAUUUAUCAGUGAAUAAAAUGAAUAAAGGAACUGUGUUUUUUGAAUUAGUAAACAGUACAUCUGUGACAAUCAUUUUAACAGUUUACUUGUAGUCUUUAAACAGUUUGCUAUUAUGGUGUGCUUCAAGAAGGCAAACAGAACACAAUUACAAGGUCGGAUCUGAAAGAAAUCUCUUUGUGCCAUAGCAGAAUUUACAAAGUUGAACCUGAUUAUAUUUUAUUUUCUAAUACAAGAUGUUCAGUGUGUCUUUAACAUUUAUAUU